UCAAAGGUCAGGAUUUUGACUGGGAAAUUAGGACAUGAUUGUCAGGGCCCAGGAAGACUGGAAUGCUGGUCAAAGGUCAGGAUGGGGAAAGGAAGUCAGCAAUGGCAGGGAACAUCUGCUGAAGCUUCUACUAAGCUUCAGGCUUUCAAGUUUCAAACCUCCUCCUGAAGUCAGUGAGUGGCUUCCUCUCAGCUCACAGAUGAGUGCUGCAAAGACUGAAGAGGCGUCCACAGGCCUGCUGAAGACAAAGCCCACUACUCCAGACUGCCUGCAAGAGGUAGAAAUGGGUAAAAAGCUCCAAGGAAAAUGUCUCAGCAUCACCUCUCCUGAGUCUCGUGCUAAGCUUUACUGCUGCUAUGCAGUGAUCACAGUCCUCACUGUAGCAGUAAUUGUGCUUUCUGUUGCUCUGUCAGUAAAAAAGACUGAACAGGCCCCAGUGAAAAACACCUAUGCUGCUUGCCCAAGACACUGGAUUGGAUUUGGAAAUAAAUGUUUUCAUUUUUCUGAAUCCACAAGUAACUGGACCUUCAGCCAGACCUCCUGUGUGGCACAAGAUGCCCAACUUGCUCGAUUUGACAACCUGGAGGAGCUGGAUUUCCUAAGUAGAUACAAGGGGACUUUGGACUACUGGAUCGGCUUACACAGAGAGUCACCACAACUCCCUUGGAGAUGGACAGACAACACUGAGUAUAAUAGCACGUUUCCCAUCCGGGGAAAGGAAAACCAUGCCUACCUGAACAACAAGGGGAUCAGCAGUGCCAGGGUCUAUGUAGAUAAAAGAUGGAUCUGUAGCAAACCCAACAGCUAUACCCUCCAGUGCCAAAAUUCUUUUUCUUCUUCCUAGCCUUCGCCAAGAGAUACUUUUAGCCUGUUAUCUACAGUUGCUUCUCUUUCCCAUUCACAACCCAUUCUCCAUGUGGUUGUGAAAGUCAGGGGAACAGGGGCUGCCUCUGCCAUGAACUGCCCUGUCAUCAGCUGCUCCUGGUGAUGCAGCCUUACCAGAUCACAGGGGAAGAGGAGCCAGGCGGUCCUAUGAGACUUGAUAAGCUAUGGGCAGAUGGUAGAGGAGGAGAACUCCCCCUUUCAGUGGACAAGGAGAAUGGACUAGGGGGAAAGAGGGAGGGAUGGUGGGACUGGGAGUUGCUUAGAGAGGUAUCUUUAAUCAGAAUAUAUAAUGAAUAAAUUGUAAAAAAAUUAAAAUUAAAAAAGAAAAAUUAGCAUGUA